ACACACAGAGAGAGAGAGAGAGAGAGAGAGAGAGAGGGACUAGAGAGGACGAGAGAGAUGGUGGGCUCAGGUUCAGCAGAUAGGACUCAUAGGAGCAAAGAAGCUGUUGGGAUGAUGGCCCUUCAUGAGGCACUUAGAACCGUCUGUCUCAACUCAGACUGGACUUACUCUGUUUUCUGGACCAUCCGUCCUCGCCUGAGAGUAAGGGGCGGUAAUGGUUGCAAGGUUGGAGAUGACAACGGCAGCUUGAUGUUGAUGUGGGAAGAUGGAUUUUGCCGAGGAAGAGUGACAGAUUAUUUAGAAGAUAUGGAUGCAGAAGAUCCAGUGAAGAAAGCUUUCAGCAAAUUAUCCAUUCAGUUAUAUAAUUAUGGAGAAGGGUUAAUGGGGAAAGUUGCAUCAGAUAAGUGCCAUAAAUGGGUGUUCAAAGAAUCAGCAGAAUGUGAGCCCAAUGUAUCCAAUUAUUGGCAGAGUUCUUUUGAUGCUCUUCCUCCUGAAUGGACUGAUCAAUUUGACUCUGGGAUUCAGACAAUUGCUGUUAUUCAAGCUGGCCAUGGCCUUCUCCAGUUGGGUUCCUGCAAGAUUAUACCUGAAGAUCUUCAUUUUGUGCUAAGAAUGAGGCAUACCUUCGAAUCUCUUGGCUAUCAAUCUGGUUUCUAUGUCUCUCAGACGUUUCCGUCGAAUAGGAACGGUUCAUCGUCGUCUAUAGUUCCUUCAAAUCAGUCUGCCAUUCCGUCCUGGCCUCCUCCGCCUUCAGUCUUCAGCUGGAACCAGAGGCCGCUUCCACCAGCAGCUCCAAUGGUUGGUUCGCCUAAUUAUCAGAACCUGGCUAGGGUCAGAUUUCCACAGGCCAAAGACGAGACCAACAUGUUUCUCAUGCCUCGUUCAUCUGAAGCCAGAAUGAAAGAUGUGAUGAAUGAACAGGAAAGUGACGUCAAAUGGCCUAAUGGUUUGAGUUUCUUCAACUCUCUCACCGGACGGAGAGAAGACGCCGACCUUUUAGUUAACCUGGAGAGUUUAGGAGCCAAACCGGACCUGGACCACCAUCCCCUUAUUGUUGAAGGAAAAGAUAAUCAGAAUUUGGAUGCCGAUGUGAACCAUACCGAGUUAUUGAGCUUGGAUAGUCAUCCGGAGAAUAUAAGGAAGAGGGAAAACAAGUUUAAGAGGAGCUUUACAUUACCUGCAAGAAUGGCCACGUCUUCUUCUUCGACGUUGUUAGAUCAUCAUCAGCACCAACUGGGGGAGUUUUGGAACUCUGAUGCAGGGAUGUAUGGCGAUGCCAUGGAUACCUUCUUGAAAUGAAGGGUUGUAUUAGAGGGAGGUUUUAUAUUUUCGCAAAAGGAUUUGUGCUAUUUAGUUGCUGAACUUAUGUGCUUGCUUUUAUGUUCUUUUAAAUUCGCUACUUUGAUCCAUUGGAAUCAAACUUUCUAAUCUUUU